GGUCCAUUGUUGUUGAGUGUUUGUUCUUAUCUCACUAACAUAACAAAACAAAAUUUUCAUCUUCAAUUCUUCUUCCAACCAAAUAUCUAUCUUCCAAUCCUAUUGAUUUGUUCUUCCGCACACACACAACCAAAAGGGUCACAAUCGUUCACUCAUUUCACCACAAGCACCCAUUCCUAACUCAUACAAAAUACACUCCACAGAAUUCAACUUUCUCAAAAAGUUUUCUUUUUGACGAAGACCCAGAUUUUGUGUUCGUUGGUCAACAUGGAGAUCGAUGAAGCGAUUAGAGGGUGUGAGGAUCGAAGACUUCAGACUAAGUAUAACAAUGCUACUUAUGUUAUUCAGAGAGCUUUGGCUUUGUAUUCUAUUGAGGAGGUUGCUUUCAGUUUCAAUGGUGGAAAGGAUUCGACGGUUUUGUUGCACCUACUCAGGGCUGGCUAUUUCUUGCAUAAAGCAGGGCAAAAUAGUGCAAAUGGGGAUGUAAAAAAUUUCCCAAUUCGAACAAUAUAUUUUGAAAGUCCUUGUGCUUUCCCGGAAAUCAACUCAUUUACCUAUGAUAUCGCUGCCACCUAUGGUUUGCAAAUUGACACCAUCAGCUUAGAUUUCAAGUCUGGCUUGGAGACUUUGCUGAAAGAAAAGCCAAUUCGAGCUAUUUUCCUUGGUGUUCGAAUCGGAGACCCUACUGCGGUUGGCCAAGAACAAUUCUCCCCCAGUUCACCUGGGUGGCCACCUUUCAUGAGAGUCAAUCCCAUUUUAGAUUGGUCAUACAGAGACGUUUGGGCCUUCCUUUUAACUUGCAAGGUGAACUAUUGCAGUCUCUAUGAUCAAGGUUAUACAUCAAUUGGAAGCAUAUAUGACACGGUUCCAAACUCCUUACUAUCCGUUAGUAAUUCGUCCAAUAAAUUCAAACCGGCAUAUUUACUUUCUGAUGGAAGAUUAGAGAGGGCGGGGAGAGUUAAAAGGAAAUCUUCUUCGGCCGGUGGACAACUUCCUGCUGAUAGCAAUGGCAUGGAUUUGCAUAAAAACAGCACACUAACAGCAUCAAUCAUUGCUGUGGGAGAUGAGAUUCUGUUUGGCAUUGUUGAGGAUCAGGUGGGACCAUAUUUAUGUACGAAGCUGCAAUCCAUCGGUUGGUCUGUGUUGCAAUAUUCCGUAGUACACAAUAAUAUAGAUUCCGUGGCAGAAGAAGUUGAGCGACAGAAAUCUAGGACCGAUAUGGUAUUUAUUUAUGGAGGUGUAGGUCCACUGCAUUCAGAUGUUACCUUAGCAGGCAUUGCAAAAGCUUUUGAUGUUCGUUUGGCUCCUGAUGAAGAAUUUGAAGAAUAUCUACGACAUAUUAUUGGUGAUCAGUGUACUGGUGAUAGGAAUGAGAUGGCUCAAUUGCCUGAGGGCAUAACUGAAUUACUGCAUCAUGGCAAGUUGACUUUACCCUUGAUCAAGUGCCAGAAUGUAAUAAUUCUCAGUGCAACGAAUGUUUCGGAGCUGGAAAAGCAGUGGGAUUGUUUGAUUGAAUUAACAAAGUCUAAUGACCUACUAACAUUGCUUGAUCCAUACAUAUCAAAGCACAUGACAACUAAUUUAUCAGAUGUUGAAGUUGCUCAACCUCUAUCAAAGCUUUGUCUUGAAUUUCCAGACAUAUGUAUUGGGUGUUACCGCAAAGCCAGAUAUGGAUCUCUAAUAAUAAGUUUCAAAGGAAAGGACCAAGCACGCAUCGAAUCAGCUAUAAAAGCAUUACAGAAGAAGUUUAAAUCUGAAGCGUUCAUCGAGAUGAAGUAGUAUGAUUGAUAUCAUUCUCACAUUAUCUACAAAUAUAAGAUACAUUGGGAUAAAAACCAACAAGGAAGAAAAUCAAGGGUGCUACUAUUUUUAUUAAAGGACGAACAAUGGUACAAACACGCGGCUGAAGCUUCAAUAUACACUGCACUUUUAUCUCCUCCAAGGGAGUUUGGACAACCAAUUGAUUAUUAUUGAAUGAUGAUUAUGAUCUCAAUUUACAUAACCAGUUUACAUGAUUUUUCAUUGAAAAACCACUAUUUUAACCAUCAGGUUUAGCUACUAUUUUUACUUCAUUUUGAUUCUGAUUGGAAAUAUACUAGCUCUCUAGUUGGCGAGAACCAGAAGUAAGCCAUUUAAUGAAUGUGCCACUAAGCUAUUUUUUUUAA